GUAUUCAAUAACAGACAAACAGACAAAUUAUAUCAAUAUUGACAUUGGUAUAAUAAUAUAUAUAGUAUAAAAACAUUAUUUACUUAUAAAUUAAAUAAAAAUAACAUAUUAUUAUAUAUAUUUAAAAUAAUAUUAUAUUAAACAGAUAGUAUACAACAACAGACAGACAGACAAAUAUUAUAUAUAAAAAUUUAUACCGAUAAUUAUAUAAAGUAGAUACAGGAUAGCAUAUAAAUACAUAAUAUAUAUAUAUUUAAUAAAUAGUAGGACGCCAAAUAUCAAUUAACCCCCCUCUUACACCUUCCCAAGUCAAAAUUCCUAUCCUUAUAACUCCUGAUCCCUUACACCUAGUCCCCCCGAGUUUGGGCUCUUUUCAAAGAGGAAGAGAGGGCGAGAAAGAUAAGCCAGCAAAGCCAACCCCUAUCGUUAGGAUUUUAAAUUUAUAUAACUUUAUAUAAUUAUAGAAGAUAAGACUUUUGGGCUACGACCCUUCGCGAAACCAGUGGACCUGGUAUUGUUAUACCCUAGUUUUAGUUAGUCUUAAUCUUAGUUAGUCUUAGUAAUAAAGAAUUGUAUACAACUUAUACAAAUUUAUUUUAUAAAUUAAUUGACGCCACCUCCAACUAUGUUUACUCGCACACCACCAAAGAAAAGCAUGAGCGCCGAACCGACAGCAAAACCGACAAAGUCUGCCGUCCGGAAGAGCAUAGACGAGUGGGAGAUUGGUAGAGCUCUUCCGGGUCUUAGCAGGACCAUGAUAAGCCCGAAGACAUCGACAGCUUCAACAUCGGCUGUGCAGAAACCGGAGUCACCUCCGAAGGACGUAACGCCGGGAGAGAAGAGCGUCUACAGGGCACAGGAGGCGAAGUCGGUAAGGAUGUCGGCAAUUAAACUAAUCGGCCAGUCGAGAAACCUCAAAACUGAAAUUAAGGAGGGCAUAUUAAAAGCCGUACAGAGGCUCUACGAGAUCGUGAGGGAAGCCGAAGAAGACAACCUCAUCAAGCAGGACGAAAUAGACGAGCUGAAGGCCAGAGUCCCGGAGAAAGCCGACCUUACUCCGGUACCACAGAAACACCCAGAUCAAGCAGACCAAUCAGUAUUGUUAAGGAGACUGGAGGAGCACAGCUCCUUAAUCAAAGAGCACAUGGCGACGCUAAAGGAGAUGAAAAACAAAGAGAAAGAAAAACCUAUUGUCAGCGAACCACCAGCGAAGACCGGACCAACAAACGAAAAACUGGAGGAGCACGCUAUACUACUGAGGGAGAAUACUGAGAGUAUAAAAACUCUCCAAGAACAUCUAAAAAGCUGCCAGGAGGAGGUGGUGGCCGCCAGGAGCUACGCGGGAGUCACGGCUGAGGCCCCUCCUCCCCGGCCUAUUCAAAAAGCCCUCCACUCGGUAGUAGUGACCUCCAUGGACAAGAUGGAUACCGGCGAAGAUGUGCUAAACAAAAUAAGGAAAACAGUAAAUGCUAAAGAAGGAUGGGUAAAGGUGGAAAGAGUAAGGAAAGCAAAGGACCAAAAAGUAGUGAUGGGAUUCGGCACUCAAGAAGAAAGAAAAAAGGUGAAGGAGAAAAUUCAGAGAGAGGGUACCGGACUACAAGUGGAAGAGGUAAAGAACAGGGAUCCCCUCCUAAUUCUGAGAGGAGUCUUGUCCGCCAAUACGGACGAGGACAUCCGCAAGGCCCUCAGAAAUCAAAAUCGGGACCUGUUCAAAGACCUGAAAAAAGAAGACGAAAGAAUAGAAAUUAAAUAUAGAAAGAGAACAAAGAACCCGCUAACGGAGCACGUAGUCGUGAGCACCUCACCGGCUCUCUGGAAUAGGGCCACAACCCUCGGAGCACUCCACAUAGACCUCCAGAGAGUCAGGGUAGAGGACCAGACUCCGCUGGUCCAAUGCUCGAGGUGCCUCGGCUACGGGCACUCGAAGCGGUUUUGUAAGGAGGAGACUGAUGCGUGCAGCCACUGUGGCGGUCCCCAUCUAAGAACUAGGUGCCAGGAGUGGGUUACGGGAGUCCCACCUGGAUGCAGGAACUGCUUGAGGGCGAAACUGGGUGAAACAGCCCACAACGCCUUCAGCAGUACCUGCCCUAUCCGGAAAAGGUGGGAUGAAGUAGCCCGCUCGGCGGUAGCUUACUGCUAAGGAUGUACCAGCAAACACGGUGGCAGCAAGCAUGAUCUCGUCCAAAACCUCUUUGUUCUCUAAUAUAGUAAAAAUCGAACUGUAUAAUAUAAAUAAGCAAAGAAAUAAUGUAUUCACAAACAGUGAUAAAAAUAAAAAUAGGAUGAUAAGUGAAAAAAUGAAAUUAAAAAUACUGUUAACAUAUUUUAAGAAAUAUUGUUCAUCAGUAUUAGAUUUAAGACUAGCAAUUAAGAAUAUAUUAUGUAAGAAAAGCUCUACUAGUUAAAUAGUAACAUUUAAGUUAGUAGAAAUAAAAUAGAAGUAAGAAUAUAGUAUAGAAAAUUACAGUUUAAUAAAGCUAAUAGUUAAGAAAAAUAAGAUGAUUACUGGAGAGAAGGAAAAUGUAACACUGUAAGAAGUUUGACAGUGUAAAAUAAGAUAGAAGUUAGACAGUGUAAACAAGAUAGAAAUAAAGAAAUUGUUUUAUAAUAAAGAACCCGGCAUACCCUGAUAUCCCGAAAAUAGAAAAUAAGAAAAUAUUAAGAUAACAAAUAGUUAGAAUGGGAACCCACCCAAAGUAAUGAAAGGGAAGAAUGAGAGAAAAAAUAAGUAUGUUGUAAGAAAGGCCCUAACGAAAGCGAGAACUAGUAUGAAAGAGAAAUAGCUAAAACAGACUCCGACCACGUUGGAGGUGAUAGACACAAAAAAAAAAAAAAAAAAAAAAAAAAAAAAAAAAAAAAAAAAAACCUAACCUAACCUAACCUAACCUAACCUAACCUAACCUAACCUAACCUAACCUAACCUAACCUAACCUAACCUAACCUAACCUAACCUAACCUAACCUAACCUAACCUAACCUAACCUAACCUAACCUAACCUAACCUAACCUAACCUAACCUAACCUAACCUAACCUAACCUAACCUAACCUAACCCAACCAACCAACCAGCCAACCAGCCAACCAGCCAACCAGCCAACCAGCCAACCAACCAACCAACCAACCAACCAACCAACCAACCAGCCAACCAACCAACCAGCCAACCAGCCAACC